AUGUCGACAGAGGCCCUUCUUGCGCUUCACGAGCUGGAACGGGCCCACUCAAGGCUGGUGGCGGAUGGCGAGGAUGCCCGGGCAAGAGUGGAGGUGCUGCAAAGCAGGCUGGAGGCGCUGGAGGCGCGGCGGGCCGAAGGCGGGGUGGAGGCUGGUGCGAGCGGAGCGGCGGCAGCGGCGGCGGCGGCGUCGGCUGCAAGCGCCAGGGCCGAGGCUGCGGCGCGCGAGAAGGUCAGCCAGCUGGAAGCGGCACUGGCGGCGGCGGAGGCUCGGGCGCGGGCUGCCGAGGCGGAUGCGGCGCGGGUGACGGAGCGGUUUGUGGCGCUGGAGGAGCGGGCGGGUGCGGCCGAGGCUGCGGCUGCGGCUGCGGCGAUGCAGGCGGCGGGCGAGGCUGCGGUGGCGCAACAGUUGGCGCGCGAGCGACUGCUGGGCGCAGAGCCUGUGCUUGGCGCACGGCUACUGGAGGACGACGAGCUGGAGGGUCAUGGGAUCGAAGUCGAUGUGGUGCGACCGGGUGGAGCGGCCGACAUGGCAGGCAUGCAGCCGGGGGAUAUCAUUGUGGCGGUCGAGGGGAUGGCGACAGUCUCCCACCCGGCGUUCAAUGUUGUGCUGGAGAACGCGUUUCCCGGCGAGGUCAACACGUUUACUUUGCUCCGCGGCGGGAGGCAGCUCGAGGUGGAGGUGCGAUACCACGCGUCAGGGAUCGGGUAUGACGAGCUGAUGGCGCUGCGCGAGGCCGCUGGCGCGGCGUGGGUGACCGAGAUGGACGAGUCUGCGUUCCAUGUCCGCGACGCGCAUGUAGUGACCGUGAAGCGGUGAGGGUGGCAACGGCACGGCAGCGACAUCGAGUGCAAUUUA